AGUUUUAGUUCAGAAAAUCCGCAAGUUGUUUUAGAAAUCCUCAACUAUUUGUUUUCCGGCAGCAAAAAUGAACCACUUCAAAAUAUUUGCAUUGUUCUCUGUUUUGGCAGCUGUUCUUUUUCUCGUGCUGGGAAUAGUACUCAUCGUUACCUUUGUGCUAAACUCUUCAUACCUUGAAUGGGAACUCGCCGAGGCUUCAAACUUUGAUAAUUGGGGAGUUUAUAUAAUCAUUGCUGGAAUAAUUUCACUUUGUUACGCAGUUCUCAACAUUUAUGAAAUUAUUACUCUAACCGCUUUAAAAAGCGGUGCCAAGAACGCAAUUGUUGCAGAGAUGAUCUACAUUCUUGGACUAAUGAAGGAGAUAGAAAGACCACAUGUUGAGGGCGGUGACACAGAAAUUCCCGAUGUAGAAGUAAUGUCAGUAAGAACAAAAUCGGAUGUUUCAAUAUUUGGACUUGGAUACGAUGCUCACAACAGGUGGACUUUCUCAGGAAGAAAGGCAACGCCUCAUACCCCAAAGAAUAUGGAAACUAAUUGAACGAGAUAAACAGAAGAUUGUCUCAGACUUCAUGAGUAUUAAAAAUUUAAUCAUUAUUGUAAAUUAUAGUUUUUUAUCUCAAUAAAUUAUCAUUGACGAUUAA